AUGGACAACCCACAAGCACCAAGUACACCAAAUACACCAGAAAGACCGGCACGUCGUCAUACAAUCGAUGUCAAUAUACUAUCAACAACGCCUCGCUAUGAUUUCAUUCUACCAUCAUACAGUAGAAAUCGUCGUGUCUCAUCAAUAAUAACAACUCUACCACCGGGAAUUGCCCUGUAUGAUGGUUCUACUAAUGUUAGCAUCCCAAUUCCUGAACAAAAUCAAAUAUCAGAAGAAACAGCUAGUAAUACGAAGGAAAGUAAUAGUCGAUUUUCAUUGGAACAAAUGAUAUCCUACAGACAUGGUCAGCAUGUUGCAGAUAAAGCAUUGUCACGUCCAGUUAGAAAAUUUUAUGCAAGACAAGAUGAAAUCAUAGAUCACUAUUCAAAUAUACAGGAACGACAUGAAACUGGUGGUACAUCACACGAUGCACGUGCUGAACGACAUAAACGAUGGACGCUUAUACUUAUUAAAACAACGCUAUUUUCCAACAUUUUUCUUGUAAUAGGAAAAAUAUUUUCUGCUAUCAUUUCAAAGUCAUUAUCAAUUGCAUCAUCGGCGAUCGAUAGUACCAUUGAUUUAAUGUUGAAUUUUGCUAUUUGGUGGGCGGCCAGAGCUAUAAGAAAACGAAAUCCACAGCUUUAUCCUCAAGGACGAACUCGUCUUGAACCUAUCAUCAUUAUUAUACUAAGUAUUGUUAUGUGUGCUGCUAGUUUUCAAGUUAUUUUUGAAGGCGUUCGUUCAGUUAUCGAGGAUGUAAGCUACUUUCGAAAUGUUAGUGGUUAUGCAUAUGAAAAACCGCCGGUUGAUAUUAAUCCUGCAGCAAUUGCAAUAAUGUGUGUAACAAUUGUCAUUAAAAUUAUAUUGUCUGUAUUGUGCUACCAAAUUUCAACACCUACAAUGUCAGCACUGGCUGCGGAUCAUCGAAAUGAUGUAGUUGCAACUGUUGUUGCAUUGGUAUUUGGAAUCAUUGGUUCCAAAGCAAUAGACGGUGAAAUCAAACCAAGAGAAUUAUCGGUUAUUGAUCCUGUUGGCGCUAUAGUAAUCAGUUUAUACAUCAUUGUUUGCUGGAUUCCUCAAGUUCGUCUUCAUAUUCGUAAUCUAACUGGUUAUACAGCUCCAUAUCAAUUUCUUCAACAAUUAACUUGGAUAGCAUUUCAUCAUUCGUCACUGGUGCGUAAAAUAGAUACAGUACGAGCAUAUCAUUUUGGUACGCAUUUUCUUGUCGAAAUCGAUGUUCUUCUUCCUGAUGACCUACGUCUUUGUGAAGCAGUUAAUGUUGGUAUUGGCCUUGAACAAAAAAUAGAAGCAUUGCCAGAUGUUGAGCGGGCUUUUGUUCAUUUAAAUUAUGAACCUACGAAUGUUGCUGAUCAACCUAAUACUACCGAAGAACAAGAUGGCCAAUCAGCUGCUGCCAUCAGUCGGCGUCAUCAUAAAGUUGUUUGA